UCCGCGGGGAGAAACGUGACGAGCCGACCUGCCGGAAACUGCGCCGGGAGGAGGAUCCGGAGCUGGAGCGGGGCCGUCCCCCGGCGCCUCCGAGGCCCGCUGACAUCAGCCGCGCUCCUCCCCCUCGCCUCCCAACACCCUCAGCUCACGGCCGGACCCUCCUCCUCCCACCACGUGUCCUCCCCGCUCCCUCCCGAGGGGCCGCGCGCACGGGAAGCCGGAGAGGCGGCGGGGAUGGCGCUGUGACAGCCGGGCCGGAGCCCUCGGCGUCUCCCCCCGCGGCCCCGGCCCGCGCCCCGGCCGCUCGAGAUGGAGUCCACAGCCUACACUCUCAAUUUGACCCUAAAAGAAGAAGAAGAGGAGGAAGAGAUUCAGAGCCGGGAACUGGAAGAUGGCCCCACGGAUAUGCAGAGAGUCCGGAUCUGCUCAGAGGGUGGUUGGGUGCCCGCUCUAUUCGAUGAGGUGGCCAUAUAUUUUUCCGAUGAGGAGUGGGAAGUUUUGACGGAGCAACAAAAGGCCCUGUACCGGGAAGUCAUGAGGAUGAAUUAUGAAACUGUCCUGUCCCUGGAAUUCCCAUUCCCUAAGCCAGACAUGAUCACUCGGUUGGAAGGGGACGAGGAGUUCCAGAAUUCUGACGAAUGGCAGCUCCAAGGAGGAACCUUUGCAGAAAAUGAAGAGUCUGAUGUCAAGCCCCCGGAUUGGGCGGGUCCGAUGAACGCCACCCCGCAGUUUGCUCAACCCCAGCACCUGGACGGGUUUGGCCUCCGCCUGCCCCGGGACCUCACAGAGCUGCCGGAGUGGAGUGAGGGGUACCCCUUCUACAUGGCCAUGGGCUUCCCGGGGUAUGACCUCUCGGCGGACGAGAUUGCAGGGAAGUUUCCGUUCAGCAGGGGCAUGCGGCGCAGUUACGACGCGGGGUUUAAGUUAAUGGUGGUGGAAUAUGCCGAGAGCACCAACAACUGCCAGGCUGCCAAGCAGUUUGGCGUGCUGGAAAAGAACGUUCGAGACUGGCGCAAAGUGAAGCCACAGCUCCAGAACGCCCACGCCAUGCGGCGGGCAUUCCGCGGCCCCAAGAAUGGGCGCUUUGCCCUGGUGGACCAGCGUGUGGCCGAGUAUGUCAGGUACAUGCAGGCCAAAGGGGACCCCAUCACCCGGGAGGCGAUGCAGCUGAAAGCUCUCGAGAUCGCCCAGGAAAUGAACAUUCCGGAGAAAGGGUUCAAGGCUAGCUUGGGCUGGUGUCGAAGAAUGAUGCGAAGGUACGACUUGUCCCUGAGGCAUAAAGUGCCGGUGCCCCAGCAGCUGCCCGAGGACCUGACCGAGAAGCUCGUCACGUACCAGCGCAGCGUGCUGGCCCUGCGCAGGGCGCACGACUACCAGGUGGCCCAGAUGGGCAACGCCGACGAGACGCCCAUUUGCCUCGAGGUGCCGUCCCGGGUGACAGUGGACAACCAGGGCGAGAAGCCGGUCUUGGUCAAGACGCCAGGCAGGGAGAAGCUAAAAAUUACAGCGAUGCUGGGUGUCCUGGCAGACGGGAGGAAACUGCCGCCCUACAUCAUUUUGAGGGGCACGUACAUCCCGCCCGGGAAGUUCCCCAGUGGCAUGGAAAUCCGCUGCCACCGGUACGGGUGGAUGACGGAGGACUUGAUGCAGGACUGGUUGGAAGUGGUGUGGCGGCGGCGGACGGGCGCGGCGCCCAAGCAGCGCGGGAUGCUGAUCCUGAACGGCUUCCGUGGCCACGCCACUGACUCGGUGAAGAGCUCCAUGGAGAGCAUGAACACCGACAUGGUCAUCAUCCCGGGGGGCCUGACCUCGCAGCUACAGGUGUUGGAUGUGGUGGUCUACAAGCCGCUAAAUGACAGCGUGCGGGCCCAGUACUCCAACUGGCUUCUGGCCGGCAACCUGGCGCUCAGCCCCACCGGCAACGCCAAGAAGCCACCCCUGGGCCUCUUCCUGGAGUGGGUCAUGGUCGCCUGGAAUAGCAUCUCCAGUGAGUCCAUCGUGCAGGGCUUCAAGAAGUGCCACAUCUCCAGCAAUCUGGAAGACGAAGAUGAUGUCCUGUGGGAGAUUGAGAGCGAGCUUCCAGGGGGAGGGGAGGCCCCCAAAGAUUGCGAUACUGAGACUGCGCGGGAGGGCAACUGACACCCGAGGGGAGAGCUAAGCAAAUGGAACUAUUUGAAACAGGUGGGGAGGAAAAUCCUCAAGAAGAUUCCUCAAAGUGUGGAUGCACAGGGAGCCGCAAAAGGCCACAGGGCUCGGAACAAGCCCACGUCUGGACAGCCGCCUGUGUACCCCGUCCUGCGACAUAGCCCAGCCCCGCCCCACAUCCACAAAGUGUCAGAAAAGGUGUCUGGGACCCUUGAUUUCAGCAGAGACAUGAUUAGGGAAGAAACUGCUUCUGCCCCAUUUUUUGUUUUGGAGAUUAAUCCAUGUAAAUAUGAAUGAACAAAGGUAUUUCCUGGAGAAGAGACCGUUUGUUCAACACCAACAAGAGACUCAGAUGGGCCCAACUCCACUGGUGUCCUUUCUGUGGAGCAAACCUCAAGUAAAUGGGUUUUUUUUUUUUUUUUUGCCUUUAAAAAUGCUUCCAAGAGUAGAACCUGUGCCCACACAGGUCAAGACUGCAGAGAAGGCUGUGUGGAAAUGAGUCAUUUAUGUAUACCUGCUACUUACAUAUUUCCUCUUUUGGAAAAAUGAGAUCCUAAUGAUAAGAUUCAGAUAGACUGGCCUGGUGCCGGCAGAUGGCUUUUCUACAGACUAGGUUACAGUAAGAUACAGGUUAAAAUAAACUGUGCGGUUUUAUUUAUCUUCCCCAAUCUGGUUGGCAGCUAGAAUUUUUUAGGGCCUUCUUUAAUGGCUCUAUUUGUCAUUAUACUUAAUGAUAGGGCAGCAUUUAGUACACGAGCUCUUUUUCUCAGGCUGCCUGCAGAAGUCACCAUAAAUUAUCUGCUGUCUACAUGGUACAAGGCUCAUUGACUCAUCUGAUACUUGUUUUGUUGAUUUCUUUAAUAUUUUUAUCACAAGGGUAUGAGAGGACAUGGGCCUUUAGCCACAGCUGUUUCAAGACUUCUAAUCUCCUACCCUGCAGGAAUAGAUGGGAGGUCUUUGAAUUUUUACAUUAUAAGUAAUUUGCAUUCCCACGUAAGUUGUUACGGAAACAUUCCUUCCAAGCUAUCUGCUACAAAAAAAUAUGCCAGGACCUUAUAGACAAAGCCAUUGCUAAAAAUGUCAUUCCAAUCAGAUCUGAGAAACAGGCUACCAUAACCACUUUUCCUCCCUGUAGACUCAGCUCAUUUAUAUAUUAUACUGUUCUUGGCCUCUUGAAGCACCUAUUUCUACUCAGGUACUCAUUUUCCUAUUAGUGAUUCACCUUAAAACCAGUUUUCCUCCAAGCAGGGGGGGAUAUUGCACUUAGUUUCUGGUAUCUGAAUAACUUUUCAGUAUUUGAAUUGUUUCCCCAUUUGCUUUCACCUGUACUAAUUCUUUUGUUAUCUCAGAUGGCAUCCAAAUCCAGCUACCUUUCAUUCCAGAAGUUUCCAUCCCCUCCACUUUGAUUUAAUUUGUCCUCCACUGUCCUGGUUCCUGGGCCUUCCUCUUCAUGUCCUGUUUUACUUGUUUUGGGAGCUUAAAUGAUUUUAUAAGACCUAAUUUUGGGUUCCUGCAUUGGAGCCAUAGUUUUCUUACAGAGAAGAGUAGAAAAUGGGUUCAACUCCUAUUUCAUUCCACCAACACCUUCUUGAGUCUCAUCAGCUGAUAGAUGAUGCCUUACAGGUUGCAUAGCACUGGAACUUUCCUAGAGUAAUGGCUCUACUGUCAGGGUUUUUCUGGGCUCAUUCUUCCACUGACUUAAUUAUGAUCUAUGCUUAACAGAGUCCCAGUACAACUAUUUUGCAGAACGGCUAUUACCCUAGAGUUACUAUAGCACAUAUUGAGACAUAGUUGUACUCCCUAGUAGAUAGAAAUUGACCCCAACAAUAAACUUUGAUAAUAAAGACAA